UAUUCAGCGUCAGAGGUUGAAACAAUCGCUUAGUUUCUAUUGGAUUCGCCUUUAGAAACUAAGCGAUUGUUUCAGCCUCAGGUGGUGAAUAGGGGAACCCUCAAAAUAGUGAUGAGGGUGGAAAAUUCCACGUGUAAUAUUUUGUUUUCUGUAUCCGGUUUGCAGUGAUCCGGCUGGUGCUUCCAUAUAUUUUUGAUGAGAAAAAUUAAGAUUUAUAAAAUUUUCCCAGCGGUUACGAUCUUCCAUAUUUUUAAUAUGUGGUUAUUUCACCUGUAAAUCAGUUCAGAGCUGUAGAUAAUCGAAAAAUAAGACCACUCCCGAAGGUCUUGCAAGUUGUGCAAUAAAAUGUACAUUAUUUUGAGUUUUGAAAAUCGUCAUUAUGCUGUAAAAAAAUGGAUUUGAUGACAUUUCCUCUCAGAUUCGGCUAGCGCACUCUACAUUGAUGGUGCAUGAAGAGAGCCUAUUAGGCCUGUCAGUCUUUCAGUCUUUUGUUUGGCAUAUUAGCGCUACCAUUUCCGGUUCGAGUAGUAGUCGAUUGUCGAAAAUCGUUUCGAAUGAUCUGUUCCAUUACAGCGGUAGAGUCAUUUUUGAAUUUUUCCGUAAUUUUGCUUGAAAUUCACACUCAGAACCCUACUCGUGUUUGUUGCUGUGCUGAUAGUAGGUUUUCUACAGAAUUAAUCAUAUUUUCGAGCAGUUUUGAGACGACGAUUUUAAGAAAAUUAUGCAAUAAACUCCAUAUUUUCUAGCUUAGCAUAAAUGAGACCCUAUUUGCUCGAGGUUCUGUUCAAAAUAUUGUUCCUCGAAAAAGUUCGUCAAGUGCUAGGAAACGUCAUUUUAGACAGCUCGCAUGAUGUGCUGCAGCAUGGUUGGAAUUUCUUUAGAAUAGGACAAAUCGUUCGAGCAUUUUUGCGGCAUAUACUAUUCGAACUCGAUCUCAAAAGUGAUUCUCAUUGGAGUUUCUUGUGAAUCUCAAUUAGUAUUGUUGUGAAUCCCAGAAAAGAUACUUUUGAAUCACAAUCGGGAAUGUUGUAACUUUCAAUCGAGAUUGUUGUGAAACCCAAUCAGGAUUCUUGUGACUGCCAAUCGAGUUUUCUUGUGAAUCUCUGUCAGGAUUCUUGUGAAUCCUUGGAUUGUUAAGAAUCCCAAAUGGGAUUCUUCUGGAUUCCAAUCUGAAUUAUUCUUAAUUCCGAAAUGGUUUUUUUGUGAAUCCCAAUACGCCUUUUUAAUGCACCACCAACGUAGAGUGCGCCACGCGAGUUCGAGAAGAAACGUCAACCAAACCGUUUGUUUACAUCAGAAUAAGUAUUUUCCCCAACGCAAAUAACAGCAUUUUUCAUUCAAAAUCUUGCCAAUUUCUAUCGGUAAUUGUCUUUUUGUACGAUUUUCCACAAAUCUGAACUGAUUUGCACCUUAACUAUUGGCAAAUCAAAGUUGGCACUCGUGGAGAAUAGAUGAACUAUGAAAGUGAUGAUGGUUUCAAAAUUUUCCACGGUGAGGUAUACGAGUUCAAUCUUAAAAUGCCGUUAUUUUGCAAAUGGAGAAUUUUAUUUAAAUCUGGUUAAAGCUACGUUAGUAGAAAACUUAAGGACUACUCAUUAGAUAUAUAAUAUAGGAAAAAUAAUUUCUUUUCAGAUUUUUAGGUGUAUGCAUAGAUUUUAGCUUUUCUACAAGUGUAGCAACAACCAGAUUUAAAUACAAUGCUCCAUUUUCAAAAUAAAAGCAUUUUAAGAUUGCACUCGUAUAGCUCUCCGUGGAAAAAUUUGAAAUCAUCAUCACUUUCUUAGUUCGUCUAUUCUCAACGAGUGCCAACUUUGAUUUGCCAAUUCACACACAAGAAAUCCGGAAGAUCAUAACCACUAAGGCACUUUUCUAAUUUUUCAUUAUUCUCAACAAAAAUAUUCCUGAACACCAGCAGGAUCUUUUCCAAAACGUUACAGAAUUAAAUUUUUCAACUGUAGAUUAAGUUUUGCAGCAUCUCAGAUGAAUCAAUUUAUCAGGAAAUGUAAAAAAGUGUUCCGCUUCCUAUGUCUCAAGGCAAAAAUUUAUGCUCACAACACUCUUUUUGACGUUCUCUUAUUCACCACCAGAGGUUGAAUCGAUCGUUUAGUUCCCAUUAAAAAGGCCUAUCGGGACUGUUACGAAUUCCUGCCAAAUGAGAUUGUUGUGCUUCCCAAUCGGGAUGCAUUUCAACGCAGCUAUCUCGUACCAAUGCAGUUGAGAUUACGUAUCAUUUCCAAUUCCGCUUCGCUUUCAUAUGGAGCGAUGAUCCUAUUUAUACCCGCCUAAGUCACCAUCCAACUCAAUCAACAACAAUGUAAGUCUCCUCGUGUCAGCCAGUCUCAAUUAGCAGUCGAAUCGGAAAUCGAUCCAUUCUAAUGGGACACAAAUUUGCACCUCGUAGCUCACUCACCAGAUUUCGCCCUCUUUCAGUUCGUCCCAACUGGCCUCUGGCACUCAUCAUCCUCGAUGCCAGUGCGGCACUUGGGAUCUACGUUUUUCAUUCUCUGAUGCAAGUACCAGCACAGAGGCACCUACUGCUAUCGUAGCGAUUGUCGAUUGGCGAUUUGCCAGUUUGUUCUUUUCUUUCGCUGCAAGGGGAUUAUAAAUUUAACACGCCUCAAACACCGGUUUCUACUAGACUCUGCUCACGUUGCUACAUAAAGAUGGAAAACCGGCGUCGCCGACGGAAAAGUGUCGCAUUUUCUCUGUCCCAAUCGUUCCGGGCUGGUUCUCUGUUGUUGUUGUUGUUGUUGUUGUUGCUAUUUUUCCCUACGUUGAUAUCUAUUUUAUAUGUAAAUCAGUCCUGACUCUCACGUUACUGGGCUGCUAGAUGGCGAGAGACGAGUUGCCAAAAAUGUCCCUCCGGUUUGCCGUUUUUUUCGACUGUUUUUUUUUUUCUUGCCCAACAUUGGAAACAGACAGCAUUCCGACUGCGACAAGAUUUUGCUUGUGACCAAUUAAAAUUCCUACUGCCGCACCGACGGUGAAAAAGACUUCGUCACCAACCAACACACUCUGUCCCUGUAAGAGUGGAAGUCUUUAAACCAAAAUUCAAACACUACAUAGAAGAAGAGUAAUUUGAUUCCGAUUCUGUCCGUGUAAGAGGAGACCCAUAUGUAAGGUCAAUGGUUAGGUGUUAGGUAACAUCCACCCACGUGGUGGAUCCAGAUUAGGCAAUCUAAGCAUCCGAAAUCGACCAGCAGCUGGUUUCGACAGUUCCUCGCCAGUCAUCGACCAUCGUUAUUUUCGUCCAUCCAUCCUGCCCGAGCAAGCUUCUCCUCUGCCAUCGUGGGAUGAUCUGCCUGCCUGUACGUAGUAGUUCUUGGAGACUUUCUAGCAGCAGCUGAGCUGGAAGAAAAAGGUGAGUCAUCAUUCUUCUAAACCGAUGGAAGAUCAUAUUUCAAAUAUUUCUACGACAGGACAUGGGCUGUUUAGGUAGUAAGGACCGCCUCUCGAAAGAGGACAUGGACUUUCUCAAAUCACACACCCGAUACGACGAGUCCACGAUUAAGGAAUGGUACAAAGGGUUCAAGCAAGAUUGUCCAAACGGCAAACUAACGCCGGCAAAGUUUGUAGAUAUGUACAAAAUGUUCUUCCCGUCUGGAAAUGCCGAAGAAUUCUGCGACCACGUGUUCCGGACGUUCGACAUGGACAAAAACGGCUAUAUUGAUUUUAAGGAAUUUCUGUUAGCUAUCGACGUUACAUCUAGUGGCACACCGGAGGAGAAGCUAAAGUGGGCGUUUAGGAUGUACGACGUGGACGGUAACGGCGUCAUAGAUAUACAAGAAAUGACCAAAAUAGUUCAGGCGAUAUAUGACAUGCUCGGCGCGUGCUCGUCCAACAAACCGGCAGACUCGGCGGAGGAACGUGCGAAAAACAUCUUCGCCAAAAUGGACGAAAAUAACGAUGGCCAACUGACGCAGGACGAGUUCCUCAAAGGCUGCCUGCAGGACGAGGAACUGUCGAAAAUGUUGGCACCUUAAGCUUAGACUUAUCACCCACUCACACAAACACAAACACAGACAUACACACAAUGCAACAAAAAAGAACACACACAAAGUUUAGAUAUUUAGUAAGAUUUAAAGUAAUAUAACAAACAGAGACAGCAAAAUGAACAAAAACGCAGAAACAGUUGUUUGUAGGACAAAGAAAAAAAACAGAGCGAAAUAGAUAUAACAUUACGCACCCAAAAUGGAAACAAAAAAAAAAAAACAAAAAUAAUGGCAGCAAACAUUCACAAACGCGCUCGCGAGCACUCAGAUACAGCAGAAAUUUGUCAACCACUCUCAUAUUACAUUCACGAAGGCUGAUCGAUCAGAAUCAGACGCGCCAGUUGGGUUGAAAACCCGUUAGGGAAUUUUCGCGUAUAAAAUAUAAGUUAAUUACAAAACGAGUCGCAUGAGCAGAACAAAACAACCAGCAGGAUAAUUUAAGAAAAGGCAUGACAUUAAUUGCAAAACUUUUUCAUCGUGUUGAGCAACCACAGAUUAAGGCCACAAACGAGUCGAUUUGUUUUCUGUCGUUUUGUUACAGGGAUACUGAAAACCACAUUCAUGCACUCACAUUGACAAACAGCGCGCGUUCGGGGAUUAAAUGCGGGGUAAAACAGAGGAAAUAUAUGAUAAUCAUUUGAUUAGUUAAUUAGUGGGAAAAGCGGCCGACCCGGUCGGUUGAACGUCAUUAAAUCAAUUUUUAUACGUGAGUCGAGCAAAAGGUAAAAUAAUAAUUAUAUAAAGCAGAAGACACGAGAUGGUACGAAUUUGAGCCACUAUUGCUUCGAUUUCCAUUGCACAAACAUUAGAAAGAUAGAGAGUAAAAUGGUAUGAUGUUUUCCCCUGCCUGUAUCGAACAAUGUUUCCGUUUUCCCAGCGUGUCUCCCCUGUGUGUGUAAUAAAAGAAAAACUCGAAAAAUACGGAUAGAAAUCUUAAGAAAACAAAACAAACAAGGCGUUAUUUGGUGAGUAAUUUGAUCCUUUCCCUUCUGCAGUCCUUAAACAUUCUGAUCGCAUUUAUGUCGAGUGGAUUUCUCUCUUUCUUCCUACCGGGGUUUUACACCGUGAUGGGGUGUAUCAAUCGAAAUAAUGAUUUCAUUGCACGUUUCAACCCGCUUGGAACUCUGAAAAUCAUACACCGAGAUGUUGUACACACACGGGCUAAAAAUGGGCAGAAUGGCAUUUGAUUUGGAACAGAACUUUUCUGGCGAAAAAUGUACAAUUUACGAACCAAUCAUAAAAUCCUUAAAUCUGCCUCAGAACUACAAUCAACAACCCGAAGGUUGCACGCGUGGGACUAAUAACUGUUCUCGAUUGCGUCUCGGAAUAAGAAAUCUCCAAAUCUACGUGUAGCAAAACGGUCGUUCGGACGAAGCUAGGCCUCAGCAGUUGGUGGAACCCGGGUCCGAUUGCAGAGCCAGAAAAAGGAACAUAGCAAAUUGGAACCCGGUUAGCUGUGUGUGAUUGAUUUAUUUUCCGGUAGCUGCAGCCACUUCUUCGGUCUAAUAGGACGAUGAAUGAUGAAGGACGAAAAUGAGAUGGGGAUCAAUUGUCUAAGAAUAAGAAAAGGAAGAUGAGGGAAUGGUAAAUGGGAGAGAGAGGGGACCAAAAUUGGCAACAAAGUAGAUGAGGGUUCUACGCUCUUUGGAAGAUUUUGGUUUGGUCGUCAUGGUAGGCUCAAUGUGCCAUGCUAUUGACAAAUGGUUUCCGAAAUCACAGUCGCAGCUGCUGAUUAUUUUUCGUAGCAAGUCAUCAGCCCAACUAGUCAGUGGUUUAUGGAUUUUCAGGACAAAUUUUACGACUAUUGGCUGGCAAACAAGCAGUUGGUGAGCAAAGUUGUCUAGUGGAAGGAAGUCUGGUGAGUAACUUUUAGCUACCUUUCUUUUUGCCUUUCUGGGUUUCAUCCUUGACAUGACUGCUCAUUUGUUAACAGCUUUGAGCAACCAAUAGAAUAGAGUUUUUGAUUACUAAAUGUAGAUGAGGACAAAACAGUAGACUUGCAUUUGAGCUUAGAUCGGUGCUCAUUUCGGUCUUUUGAUGGAAAAACUCGUUGAUAUGAAUAAAAAUGUUGAGAUUCAACUGCUCUUUGUUUGUCUACUGUAAACAGCAAACCUGCUCUAUAAAUUGCUUCAUGGAAAACUAUGUUUCAUCAAUUGAGUGAAAUCUUUUGAAAAAGUGAGCCAUUAGUUUGCUAAUUAAAGACUGCCCUAGCGUUAAUACACGGCUCGAGAGCAUCGUAAUAACAACCAGUGGAAACUAACGAUUUUAAAUUGGCUCACUACUUGACUAGACUAUUGGUCCAAAGCAAAUCGAUUAAUGUACCCCAUUCUAGUCGAAAGUCUAGUACUACACAAUGUUUGUUUUGAUUCGCUAUGAAAGUUUUCCAGAUAAAAUGAGGGGUU